AUGGUCAGAUUGACUGUAGUUGCGGCCUGUUCGCUCAGGCAGUUCGCCUUAGAUUAUGAGGGGAACACAGACAGAAUCAUCGAGUCGAUUCGCCAAGCGAAAGCUGCUGGCGCAAGGCUCCGUGUCGGCCCAGAAUUGGAAGUUUCGGGCUAUUCUUGCAAUGACCAUUUCCUCGAGCCUGAUCUUUAUCUCCAUACUAUGGAGAUGCUGGCGCGAAUCCUUUCAGAUGAAAGCUGCAAUGGCAUACUCCUGGACAUUGGUCUCCCCGUUAGCCACCGUAAUGUGAAUUACAACUGCAGAGUGAUUUGUCUUGAUGGCAAGAUUCUCUUUAUCCGCCCGAAAAUGCAACGAGUUCAUGCUGACUCUUUAGAUUACCGAGAAAUGCGCUGGUUUACCCCAUGGACCCGGCAGACACAGUGGGAAGACUUCCAUCUGCCCAAGAUGCUGCAGAAACUGCAAGGAAGCACUCAUGUUCCCUUUGGAGACUGUGUCAUUAGUACUCCCGAUAGCUGCUUCGGUGCUGAAACAUGUGAAGAAAUGUGGUCUCCAGAUGCCCCUCACAUUCCAAUGACUUUGGACGGCGUUGAAAUCAUCACCAACAGUUCUGCGAGCCACUUUAGCCUGCAAAAGCUGGACGUCAGGCUCAAGCUCAUCAGCGAAGCUACACGAAAGUGUGGAGGUGUUUAUGUAUACUCCAAUGUUCAAGGAUGUGACGGUGAAAGGCUGUACUUCGACGGCUGUGCUAUGAUCCUCUGCAACGGUCAAGUGCUUGCCCAAAGCCCUCAGUUUUCGCUGAAUGAGGUGGAUGUCAUUACCGCCACAGUCGAUCUGGAGGAGGUGCGCGCCUACCGUUCAAGCAUGUCCCGGGCUUUGCAGGCAGCACACAGCACCAAGAAGUACCAUCGUAUUCAGACGGCAUUUGAGCUCAGCCCCGAUGAGGAUGAUUUGGACUCUCAUCGCCGACCAACUCUACCACGGGAAUUGAAAUUUCAUUCUGUCGAAGAGGAAGUGGCACUCUGUGCUGGUUGUUACCUCUGGGAUUAUCUGGCCAGGAGCGGUUCUACAGGAUAUCUUACUCCUUUAUCAGGAGGCCUAGACUCAUGUGCUACAACUGUCUCGGUCUUCUCGAUGUGUCGACUCGUCAUUUCUGCGAUUGAAGAUGGCAACCAGUCAGUCAUUGCUGUAGUAAAACGCUUGUUUGGCGAGGCUCCUCUUCCCAAGACUCCCCACGAGCUGUGCAACCGCGUUCUUCACACAAUCUACAUGGGAAUGUCGCAGCAAAGCUCCCAUGAGACUCGCCAGCGGGCUAAGGAUCUAUCGGCAGCCAUCGGGUCCUACCAUGUCAAUCUUGAUAUCGAUUCAGUAUAUCAUGCUCAGAAGAACCUCGUAAAAGAGGCGCUCGGCUUUGAGGCAAAGUUCAAGGUGGAGGGCGGUACCCCCGCAGAGAACCUUAUGUUGCAGAACAUCCAGGCUCGCACGCGUAUGGUGACGGCAUAUGAAUUCGCCCAGAUCCUCCCAACGACUCGACAGCUGGCCGGCGGAGGCGGUCUAUUGGUUCUUGGUAGUGCCAACGUCGGCGAGGCUCUGAGGGGUUAUCUCACCAAAUACGAUUGCUCUUCGGCGGAUAUCAACCCGAUUGGAUCUAUUGACAAGGCAGACCUCAAACGUUUCAUUUCUUGGGCUCAGGUCCAUUUCGAGAUCCCAUGCCUUGACGACUUCGUUACGGCAACUCCUACCGCUGAGCUGGAGCCCAUUACUGAAGAUUAUGUGCAGUCGGACGAAGCAGAUAUGGGAAUGACGUAUGCUGAGUUGAAUGUCUUCGGUCGUCUUCGCAAGGAGAGGAAGAUGGGCCCUCUGUCAAUGUUCCAACAUCUCGUUCAUGUCUGGGGCAAGGACCAACAAGAGGGAUCUGAAAAGCAGGAGGUUUCUCUUGAGCCGGCAGAAAUUGCCUACAAAGUGAAGUUUUUCUUCGCGCAAUAUGCAAUUACGCGACACAAGGCUACUACAUUGACACCUGCCUUGCACUGCAAUGAUUACUCUCCCGAGGACAACCGCUUCGAUCUGAGGCCAUUUCUCUAUCCAUCCUUUUGGAGGAGCUGGAGCUUCAAGAGGAUCGACAGGGAGCUUGAACGCAUCGAGAAGGCCCGGAAGAAAUCUGAAAAGUCUUGA